ACUAAGGUAAAGGCACCCAAUUACGAGGGGUUCCAAAACUGGCACCAUAUUCCGAUGUAUUUAGAAAAGCAGUGUUUUUAAGUAAUUUACAAGUUAUUUUUGUCGGCAAAAUAUGUUAUAUGGUAAAUAAUUUAUUUAAUCAUGUUUAUGUGAGCAAAGGAUUGUUUUAGUGUGUGUACAAUUCAAAAUAAACGGUCAGUUAGACGCUAGCAGCUGACUCGGAAGCUCGCUCCUACAUUUCGGACCUAAUUCACGUGAGUUAUACGAUUUUUUAAAUAGUGUUUUUUACGUGAGUUUUAUACUAAUGAGUAUUUGUUUAAUUUGAAACAUGUAAAGGGUUAUGUUUUUUAUCGAAUACCCUUAACAUUGGAGUAUUUUCUUUUGAAGUUGAGGAGAAAAUAAUAUUUGAAAAUAUCGCGGCAUUAGGUACCAAAUAGUUUAAUUGGUUCCUAAAUGCCGAUGUAUACCACGGAAAUGCAAUUUCAUACAGGUUAAUUUUUUUACAAAAUUUUAAUGAAUUAUUAUGAUUAGGAAUUUAGUGUUUUAGUACUGAUCACUUGAAUAACCAACACAUGUAAAAAUGUAAUUCCGAGGUAUAUUUUAGAGUCGCAUUUAUUAGUUAUAUUAGGUCAAACAAUAUCCAUUCAUGUACUUUAUUGAUUUGUUGUAUGGAAAAAUAAAGUCGAAAAAAUUUAGUUAUUGAUAUGUUCUGAUUAAACCUGGCUAUGUUUUCUAUAUGUUUCGAAAGAUAUAGCAAUUUAGGUUUAAUUUACUUACAGUAUAUUGACAAAUAUGUUAUUUUUUAUCACUCGGAAUAAAAAACUUGUUUGAGAGUUAGAAAACGCAAUUCCGAUGUAUUUAAGACGGAAAAAGGUUAUAUGAAUACCUAAUUCUGUGGUAUUGAUACAGCAAAAUACAGGGUGUUCAUUUUCUCAUGCAGUUUGUAAAGCAUUUAUUAUACUUAUAUUACUUAGUUUCAGUUAGUAAGUAUAAUAGCUUUGAAACAUUUAAAAUACCUAAGUUUGAUUAUCCGAUAUACUCAGACUUGCUUACGCACAAUUACAAUCGCUUACAAUUUACUGUUUUGUUCUAGAAUAAUGAACCCAAGAAAAAAAUAUACAAAAGAAGACGUUCAAAAUGCUAUCAUGGCAAUUAAUAAUGGCAGUAGCGUUUAUAAAGUUUCUCGACAAUAUAAUAUUCCAGAAACUACAUUGAGAGAUAAACGUGAUAAAAAAUAUUGCGGUGACGUUGCCGGCAGAAAAACGAUACUCUCCAAAUCUGAAGAAACAAAGAUUGUUGACUGGAUCCAUUAUUUAGGAAAGCAAGGUUUCCCUGUUUCCAAGGAACAAUUGAAGCAAGGAGUAGCGAAGCUAGUAGAAAAUUUAAACAGACCAAAUACUUUUAAAGAUGGUGUUCCUGGUAAACACUGGCUUGCCAAUUUCUUAUCAAGACAUCCAACUGUUGCCAAGAGAGUAGCACAAACAUUGCCCACUCAUCGUAACAAAGUGACUGAACAAGAUGUGCGCAAUUGGUUUGAAAGAGUGAAAACCUAUUUUGAGACAAAUAAUUUAUUAAGUGUACUUGAAGAUGAGUCGAGAGUUUUUAACUGCGAUGAAACAGCUUUUUUUCUUUGCCCCAAAGAAAAAGACGUAUUAGUAAAGAAGGGAAGCAAGCGAGUGUACAACAGAGUUGCUAACGAUGAUAAAGAAUGUUUAACCGUAUUAGUCAAUGUUUCUGCCGCUGGUAAAAUAGCUCCACCUAUGGUGUUGUAUCCAUACAAACGGCUGCCAAAAAGCUUAUCUCAGACGGUUCCACCCACGUGGGGUAUAGGAUGCACGGAAUCAGGGUGGAUGAACAUGGAGGCCUUCUAUGAAUAUGUAGCGAAUGUAUUUUAUAAAUGGUUACUAGAAAACAAAAUAACAAUGCCCGUUGCUCUCUUUAUGGAUGGCCAUACCUCACAUAUUUCCUUGCCACUCAGUAUUUUUUGCAAAGAAAAAGGAAUCAUACUCGUUGCAUUAUUCCCAAAUUCGACGCAUAUCCUUCAACCUCUGGAUGUUGGAGUUUUUCGACCUGUUAAGGGUGCGUGGAAAGAAAUCGUUCACGAGUUUAGAGUAAAUAACAAUUAUGCCAAAUUAAAACGCACAGACUUUGCCAAAGAAGUAGAAAAAUGUUUCGAAAAAAGUCUUAAAGUAGAAACAAUAAAAAAUAGCUUUAGAAGCACUGGAAUCUUUCCAUUUGAUGUUAAUAAUAUUAACUUCUCAAAAGUAAUUCCGCAGGAAACAGAUUGUACCGCUGUAAUUAAUUCACAGGAGGAACCAUCCGCAGAGCAAUCUAAUACUUUUAUUAAGGAGUUUGAGAAACGACUGGAUCCAGAAAUUCUUAUAAAUUUCAAUAAUUCUGGAAGCGAGUGGAGAGGCGAGGAAAAAUACAGGUGUUUAUUUGAAUUUUGGAAGAAAAUCCAACAAGAAGAACCACAUUCAUUAUCUAUUUUCAACGAUACAACAAUUAUGAACAAUAUACAAGAUUGUGAUUUGUCAGAUGUUGUUUUGAAUGUAGAAAUAGGUUCAAAUGGCAGUGUCAUACUACCCUUGAGCCCUAAUCCUGAAUCCAUCAUGAGCAAUGACAUUUCCAAGCGAGAUACUGAUCAGCCUUUGACGCCACGGGAAAAAUAUUCACGACAAUGUUCAAAUGAUUCUGGCAGUGUUUUGCAAAGGGAAAGUACACUUGAGCGUGUAACUGAACCUGUAUUACAACCUUGUUGUUCAAGGACUAUAAAUCUUCAAUUAUCCCGAGCAAGUUCACGACAGUCAAGCAGUGAUCUAGCGUUAGACAUUUUUGAUCCUGUUGACAGCUCUAACCAGAAUAAGGAAAAUAUCGUAUUCAAAAGCACUACUUUUGAUUUGAAACCAAACGAAGAUGUGUCACUAGCUUGUUGUUCCAAAUCACAAAAUAUUACAUUAUCCCGAGCAAGCUCAGGGCAGUCAAGCAAUGAUCUAGCAAUCGAUAUUUUUAACUCCAAGUGUUUGUAUAAUAAACUAGAUGUUGAAAACACUACUUCUAAUACGAAAGUAAUUUUUCCAACUCCAUUUAAAACAGCAUUUUACUUUCCAAAGUCCACCAAGAAAACAUUAACUAGAAAAACUAAAAAACUAACUCCAACAGUUGCAGUUGCAGAUGAAUUUAUAGAAUAUCAACGUAGAGUUGAAAAAGAGAAGAAAGAAAAAAAUGAGGGGAUUCUUAAAAGACGAGAAGAGAGAUUAAAAAAACAAGAGGAAAAGAAAUUAGAAAAACUCAAAGCAGCGCAGAGGAAAACAAAGGAAAAAAAUAAUACAAAAAAACUCGCAUUAGAGAAGUCAAGCGUCCUUGAAAAAAUUGCAGAAGAUCAGGAAAAUGAGGCAAAUAUAGAUGAUGACAAUUUACUAACACCUUAUCGACAAAAUAAUCUAACUUGUAUAUUGAAUUCUGAAUCCUCUAACGAUAAUGAAAACAUAACAUUAACAAAUAAAAAAGCUGCCAUUAUUAAAAAAUCUUAUUUUGAGUUGUUCGGUGACUCUACAUCGGAGGAUUCAACAUAG